ACUCCCAACCCCAAAACUUCAGUUCCGGCCGGUCAUGGCCAAUGGUGAAUCAGAAGUACUCUCUGCUCGUCUAUAUCAGCCGCUUCUUUCCAACUCCGCUGCCGAUGUAGCUCCUUGUUCAAAUGGCGGGAACAAGAACCGCUUCUUUUUGUCAUUGUCGAAAUGGGUUCUCAAAUUUACAAUGUGGUUAAUUUUCAUUGCAUGGGUUGUUCACUUUUUAUUAAUACCUACGGAUCUUGGGACUACUCUAUCUAAUGAUUGGCUUGCUGCUACUGGUGGAACUCUAUUUGGAGACAGUGGGAGUGUAUUGCUGUUACACAGCGGUCCAAUUUUGGCUAUCGCUAUACUUGCUUUUCCAUAUAUCAUUAUUGUUGGGGAAGAAGAACAACAGCUUCAAGAGUAUGCAUGCAAUACUCUUAAAGACCGGAAUUGUACGCCGCCUAUCUUGUGUUCGUUAAAAAGCACAUUAAUCUACUACAGGAAGAAGGACAAGCCCCCUCGAUUCAACUUAUGGUCCUUUCCUGUUCUGGUGGAUGGACCAUUUGGAGUUGUCUCUGCUGCCGAAUUGAUCGGCAUUAUUCUCUUUGUUGUAUUUGUUCUCUGGGAUCUGUAUGCAUUCACAGUAGUGAACUUUGAGCUGUUAGCCACCUAUGGUGAUUUGAGCCUUGGAGAAACAAGAUUAAUGUUUCUGCACAAUUUGGCGCGUAAUCUUGGACAGAUUGGCUUGGUUUGCUUGACAUUUUUGUUCCUGCCGGUUGCAAGGGGAUCAGUUCUAUUUCGCCUUAUAAAUAUUCCUUUGGAGCAUGCUACGAGGUAUCAUGUGUGGCUGGGAAAUCUCGCAAUGCUGCUCUUUGCUACCCACGGCCUAUUAUAUGUAUUGAUAUGGACAACUAAGGGUUGUUUCUUUAGUCAAAUAUUGGAGUGGAAGGAUACUGGUGUUGCCAAUCUUGCAGGAUCAAUUAGUCUUAGUGUUGGUCUGUUGAUGUGGAUCACAACACUUCCUCCGGUCAGAAAGCGGAAUUUUGAGUUGUUCCUCUACACUCAUCAGCUAUACAUCAUCUUCGUGGUCUUUUUGGCUUUGCACAUUGGUUAUCUCGUUUUUCCUACAGCUGCAGGCCCCAUAUUUAUUUUUGUUCUUGAUCGUUUUCUGAGGUUCUGUCAAUCACGAAAGAGUGUUGAUAUAAUUUCAGCCAAGUGCCUUCCAUGUGGAACUGUAGAGUUGGUCCUCGCAAAACCUGAAAGUUUGCGGUACAAUGCCCUCAGUUUUGUCUUUGUUCGAAUUUGGGAGCUAUCAUGGCUACAAUGGCAUCCUUUCAGUGUUUCGUCCAGUCCUAUGGAUGGUAAAUAUCAUAUAUCUGUUUUGAUAAAGGCUAUUGGGAAAUGGACUGAAAAGCUAAGAGAUUCUGUCUUGAAAAAUUUGGAGCUACCUUGCACAAAGUUAACAAUUUCUGUUGAGGGUCCUUACGGGCAUGAGAAACCGUACCACAUGAUGUAUGAAAAUCUCAUCUUAGUAGCAGGUGGCAUUGGGAUUUCACCUUUCUUGGCUGUCUUAAGUGACAUUCUCCACUCUGUUAAGGAAGGAAAACCUUGCCUACCAAGAAAUAUUUUACUUGUCUGGACAGUCAAAAGAUCAGAUGAGCUUUCUCUUCUUUCAACCAUUGGCAUGGACUCAACUAUCUGUCCAUCUUUCUCUAAUAAACUAAAUCUUCAGGCCCAUAUUUACGUUACUCGGGAGUCUGAAUUUCCCUCGGAACAUGGUGAAGUUGGAAAUAGUACUGCAGAUUUUUCUGAUCUAUGUCCCAUGUCCAAAAGGUCUGGAAUGUCCGUUUUGGUUGGUACUGGACAUAAUGUAUGGUCUUGCCUGUAUGUUAUCUCAUCUACUUUAGGCUUUGUCAUCUUGUUGGGUUUGUUGGAUUUCUUCUACAUCAACCCCUUUGAUAUAACUUCAUGGUCAUACAAAGGAUUUCUAUUCUUAGCCUGUAUGGUCGCAAGUGUCUUCAUCUUUGGUGGUCUGGUGGUUUGUUUAUGGCAUCUUUCGGAGAAAAGAACUUCAGCAGAGGAAAAAUGUGAGGAUGAUGAAUCAAAUUUUGGUAAGAUUGAGCACACAGAAACUGUAACUCACAAUGUUGCACACCAGGAAAGUCCUGCAAGUUUAACCAGGAGCAUUCGUUAUGGUGCAAGGCCAGACUUUAAAGAAAUUUUUGGAAGCGUAUCAAAGAAUUGGGGCCAUGUUGAUGUGGGUGUCAUUGUGUGUGGUCCUCCAACUCUUCAAUCAAGUGUAGCUAAAGAAAUCAGGUCACAAAGUAUAAGAAGACAAUCUGGAGAUCCUAUCUACCAUUUCAACAGCCAUAGCUUUAGUCUGUAAUAUACCUUGCCCCCUCUAUCUUUAUUGUUUGAAGUACUCAAUUAGCUUAACUAGAAGCUAUAAACUCUCAAUAUUGCAGCAAUAUUAGGGUUUUAGUUGUUUGAUUCACUACUCUCAAGAUCAUGACAAUAGUUCAUAGUGUUGUUGGUAAUUAUCUUGGGAAUGUUGCGAGUUUUCCUUUGGCUUCUGCUCACCCACUCUGGUGGGUAGAGGAAUCUUCGCUCGUACCAAGCAUUGGAAAUCUUAUGUCUUCUCCAAGAUUGCCAAAAUGUGGAGCUUUAAAGCGUUGGUGUUCUAAUGGUCAAGUUGAGGCUGGCUUUGAACUUUCAUAGUCAAUAACCUUGCUGUACCUAAAACGUGAACCCAGCUUCUUUGUUUUGAGGGGAAUGAAAUUGAUUCUCAUUGAUUAAUCAGCAUUAAUUACAAUCUAAAUUCAGAGCACUCUCCACAGACGGAGGUGCAACAACCAAGUAGAAUAACAAUGUAAAUGCAUUGCAUCUUGAGCUAGAAUAUGGACAACUUGGUUGGCAGCCUAGCUUCUAGCUUCUUCUUUUUUUUGUUUUUUGUUUUUUUUCUCUUUUUGAGAGGAAUAAAGUUGUUUCAUUGAUUAGACAACAUUACAAUCGAAAUUCAACGCACUCUCCACAGACAGAGGGGCAACAUCUUAGAAAAUAGAAU